UGAAGAGAAGACCAGCGUGUCAAAUUAUGAACAAGCAGAUUAAAAAUAUUGCAUUUCAAAAAUGUUUAUAAUAAAGUUAGCUUUUUUAUUGUUAAUUUUAGUUGUGUGCAAAAUAUUGUUUUUUUAAAUGUGUUGUCUUUGUGACUUUUUUUUAGAAUCAGAGAUUUUAUUUUUAAAAAAUCUUUCUCGAGCAUUGUUCGUUUUUUUGAGUUCCUUGAAGUGUUUUUGAACUUUUUUUAUGAAAUUAACAAUGCAAAGAAUGGUUCUCGAAAGAAGAUACGAUGAUCCUGCCCAAAUUGACACGACACCUUUGCGUGGAAACUUCGUCUCUCUUCCAAGACGUUUGAUAUUCAAAUAUUUUUCGCCGGAACAAUCUUCCGGGGAAAAGGUAUUAUCAUCUGGCUUGAUGCCCCAUAAUGAUUUUAUAGUUGAAGAAAGAGUCACUGCACAUGAACAGGGGCUUGUCGGGGACAGAUUUAUUUCACACAGAAGUGGUAUGAACAUCGGCGCUUCUCAUUACCAUCUUACACGGAAAUCGGAAAAACAGGAAGAUGAACACGAAUUGAAACUUUUUGAGCAAAUCGAAGCCUUAACAUCCGAUUAUCGGAAAAGAGUCAUGAAUCAAGCCAUGCAGGAGACGGACAUCAUACCAGGAGUUCGACAAAGGAAAAUUUUAAACUUACACAGGUUGGCCACUGAAGAUGGUAAUAAACACGGAAAUCGAAUCGAAGGUUCCAACACUAAUUGUUGGCAAUGUCGACCACGAAAAAAGCCAUUGAUUGGUUCCUCGAAUAAAGGUCGUGAAGCUUCUGGAACUAUAUACCAACAAUUUCCACAAAUUUUUCGAUUUCCAUUUUUAAUUCGUGGACGAUUUUUGGUUGACUGGGGAGCGCGAAAUUUCAUCGUGAUGGCAGUUGACGAUGCUGUUGGCAUUUUUGAUGCCAAUAUGCCCCUAACAUUAAGAUGCGAGCGCUACGAUAAUGACGGUCAAGUCAAAAUCGUUAAGUGGAGCAACGACGGAGGGAUAUUUGCUGUUGGGAGAUCAGAUUCCACAAUUUCGAUCAGCAAAAUAGAGAAAAAUAAUAAAAUCGUGUGGAUUCGACACUGUGAUUGUCGUCGAAAACGCCGUACUAAAUGUGAAAUUUCUUAUAUAUGUUGGUCAAGCAACGAUAAGAUAAUAAUUGCCGGUUGUUCUUCAGGACGCUUGACUAAUUAUGAUGCUGCAACUGGGAAAAAGCAAAAAUGUAUCUCCUGUGAAACUGAAAUUGUUUAUUUCACAUUGUCACCCAACGACAGAUUUUUAGCUUUGUCUCUCCAGGACACAACUGUCAAACUUUAUGCCUGGCCUAGUUUUGAGCCUUAUAUGAAUAUUCGCUACUAUAAACGCGUAAAGGCUCUUGCUUGGCACCCAUGGGAUAGUAAAAUUCUUUGUGUUGGUGGCGGAUUCUGUGACGGUUCUUUGACUAUUUGGAAUGUCAAUACACAAACGCCUUUGCAGUAUAGAAGAAUUGAUUUUACUGGAGCGGUGGAAAAUUUGACCUUCAACAAAAUAAGUGGUGAAUUGAUUGUUCAGUGGACAUAUUGGGAACGGGAUCGUCGUUUUGCGAAAAUUGCAAUUCUCGCCAGUUUGGAUCGCGUGGUUGAUGUCAUACCAGUCGAAAAAAGAAUUCGAAUUUGGAACCUUCUUUGGAAUCCUGAUCACACACGAAUGGCCAUACCAUGUGCAGAUACAUUGGUCAUUUGGGACAUUUUUGGACGAGAAGAACAUAAAGUAAAAAAUGAGAAAAAACGUCCCAGUUCCAAAUUUCUCCACGAGUUUCCAUCUGGAUGUGGUUUAGGUCCUACCAUGGUGGAUGCACAUUUUGGAAAAGGCUUGAAUUAUUACAAUAUACGAUAAAACAAUUAGAAAAAAAACAGGAAAAUUGCAAUGCUUUAUUUUUUUAAUGCUAUGAUCGAAGGGGAAUGCUGAUACUGUUUUUAAUUUUGAAUGAUGGCGGUCCAUGAUUAUUUGAUUAAUUAAACAAAAAUGUGAAAUAUAUGUGAAAUUUAUGUGAGAAUUGUGUGUAGAUAUCAAGUAUUUUGUAUUUUAUAAAAGUUAUGUAUUAAGUAUUUAAAAUCGUAUGUAAGGUUCUUAGAACUUUUAUGAUAAGUGAAUGCACAUCUAAAUUGUUAAUUUAAUCAAUGUUAUUAAUGAAAUUGAUCAUAUUUGAAAUAGUCAAUUCAACUAACUUUUUAAGAUUAUAAUAUAAAGUUCAAAAGUGA